UGCAAUUAUUUUAGUCAGGAGUCACUCUCGUGACUUAUCUACAAAAACCCCACGUUAUAUAUUUCCCCAUCACCAAUAACACUGGAUACUCAUAAAGCCAGAUGGAAGAGCUGAAACCAAACCCAGCAAAUUCAUCUCCUCUAACACCGUUAUCCUUCUUAGAAAGAGCUGCAAUUGUCUACGGUGAUUGUGCAUCCAUCAUCUACAACAACACCUCUUACACGUGGUCUCAGACCUACCGUCGAUGUCUCCAAGUCGCAGCCGCUCUUUCAUCCGAUGGCUUCACAAGAGGCCACGUCGUUUCCGUUCUCGCUCCCAACACCCCAGCCAUGUACGAGCUUCAGUUCGCCGUGCCGAUGUCCGGCGCCGUCCUAAACAACAUCAAUUCUCGUCUAGACGCGCGUACUGUAUCAGCUCUCCUGCGUCACAGCGAAUCAAAGCUCGUCUUCGUUGAUUUUCAAUCGCGUGAUCUUAUCCUCGAGGCCAUGUCUUUGUUCCCGGCAAAAACUAAUCGUCCUAAACUCGUCCUCAUCACAGAUGAUGAUGAGGCAGCAUCAUCGUCAUCGUUAACCGCUGACUUUUACUGUACUUACGAGAACAUGGUGGAAAAGGGUGAUCCGGAGUUCAAGUGGGUCCAACCGAAGAGCGAGUGGGAUCCGAUGAUAUUAAACUACACAUCAGGUACAACCUCAUCUCCUAAAGGUGUAGUACACUGCCACAGAGGAUUGUUCGUCGUAACCGUUGAAUCCUUAAUUGAUUGGUCCGUUCCAAAACAGCCAAUUUAUUUAUGGACCUUACCGAUAUUCCACGCUAACGGAUGGAGCUACCCUUGGGGUAUGGCAGCCGUUGGUGGGACCAACAUUUGUCUCCGUAGAUUCGAUGCGUCAAUAAUCUACGGCUUGAUCAGCAGACACGGUGUCACUCACAUGUGCGGUGCACCAGUAGUGCUAAACAUGCUAACAAACUCUCCUUCUAACCAACCGUUAAAAAAUCCAGUCCAUAUCUUAACAGCCGGUGCUCCACCACCAGCGGCAGUGCUGAACCGAACCGAGUCACUAGGUUUCGUGGUGAGUCAUGGAUACGGUUUAACCGAAACAGCAGGCCUUGUAGUAUCGUGCGCGUGGAAACCGGAAUGGAACAAAUUUCAGGCGAGCGAGAGAGCGAGAUUGAAAGCAAGACAAGGAGUAAAGAUUGCUGGAUUUACAGAAAUAGACGUUGUAGAUUCGACGGGAGCGAGUGUGAAGCGAGAUGGAUUAUCCAUCGGCGAAGUUGUAUUAAGAGGCGGUUGUGUUAUGCUGGGGUAUUUAAAAGAUCCAAUUGGAACAUCCAAGUGUUUGAAAGAUGAUUGGUUUUACACAGGAGAUGUUGGAGUUAUGCAUAAAGAUGGAUACUUAGAAAUCAAAGAUAGAUCUAAAGAUGUGAUUAUUAGCGGUGGAGAGAAUAUAAGUAGCGUGGAGGUUGAGUCGGUGUUAUAUACUAACCCUGCGGUGAAUGAAGCGGCUGUGGUGGCUCGGCCGGAUGAAUAUUGGGGAGAGACACCGUGUGCCUUUGUGAGUUUAAAAGACGGGUUGACUCAGAAACCUAGCGAGGGUGAUAUUAUUGGAUUUUGCAGGGAAAAUUUGCCUCGUUAUAUGGUGCCCAAAACGGUGGUGUUUAAGAAAGAAUUGCCUAAGACUUCGACUGGGAAAAUCAAGAAAUUUGAGCUCAGAGAAAUUGCUAAAGCAAUGGGUCCUUCAAUAGCGAGUCGCAUUUAGAAGAGUUAACUGAAUCGGCCGAGUUAGGGUGGGUACUGUUGUACUUUUCUAUAUGUAUCUGUAUUGCGUGAGAAAGAAAUAAAAAAGUCUAACCCUAUGGAAUAAAUUUGGCCAGUAUGCUGAUAGGGUGGUCCCAUUAUUUACGUUUUCAAA